GUAAAAAUUAUAAACCAAUAUCUAACUAACUGUAAAGCUCGCGGGAAAUUCGCUAAUUUUUGUCUGAUUUAACAAAAAUAACAGAAUAUAUACCUCUUGAAUUGUAACAAUCAAAUAGAAAUUAUGGAAUUAAGAGUAGAAUUCACAAAAAAAUGAAAUACAUACAUGUUAUGUAUUAAUUAAUACAAUAAAACACAGCAUGCUCUCUUCAAUGUUUCAAUUCGUAUGGCCAUUUAAUAGUGAACCAAUCAGAUUACAGAGAAAUGAAAACGAUUAAACCACACACAAAAAUGAAAUUUACUAUUCCAAUUGAUUAUUAUGAUUAUUAUUAAUUAAAUAUAUUUGGAACAUACUAUUACUACUAUUAUUUAUUGUUUUCACUGGUAUUAUUGACAGAUUAGUGAUUUUUAUCACUAGUUUCUUAAUGUUUAUAAAACCUAUUCAUGUGAAAUAUUUUAAACUGGAAUUAUAUACAUAUGCCUGAAACAAGUGGAAUAAUUUAAUUGUGGAAUAUAUAUAAUUUUAUUUGAAUUAUUUAUACUGAACCGGAUUUUAUUUACAAAUUCGUCCAGUGGACUAACGAAACACAAUUACUGCACAGAAUUUAACUCCUUAAUAACUGGUGGCAAAUAAUGGAGGAAGUGAAUAGUUCUCAUAUUGAUGACAAUAACCCAACAGAUUCUGAAAAGAAUUUGUCAGCAUCAUCAAGAAAGUCUAGCAUAGAGAUAGUGACUGAGGAGACCUUCGAAGUGAGUGCUGAUAGUGUGGUGGGCAAAGAAGAAACCAGCCUAGAUGUUCAGGGUAGCGCGAAUGCUUCUCACGAGAAUCUGUACACAUCCGUGAUAAUUCAAAAGGAAUUAGACACUUCUGAUCAGCUCAGUGACGAAAGCGCUAAUAAAAUAUCUUCAGAAACGCCUACUGAAAGAGUGAUUACACUUGAACAUGAAAGAAUAGCUCAGUUUUCAAACAACAGUGACAACUUUGUUGAACAAGGCGAUCCUGAAAGUGUCCAUAGAAGCAUAUAUCUUACUUCAUCUAAUAAUGAAAGCGCAGAUACCUUAGAUAACGAAGGGUCUUCAAUAGAUAUGAGACGAAAGAGUUCUAGAAUCACGAUCGAAUAUGAUGUGCCAGAAAGUGAAGUAAAGCCGGAACAUAGUAUUGAAAUAGUUCGCAGUUAUGAUACAGACCUAAACGUAGACCAGGUAUACGACAUAACACCUGAACACGAAAGUGCAUCUACUAUUUCAGCGACACACACCCCUAGUGAAACUGUACCUCCUGAUACAGGAGAACACUUAACUGCUGAGGUGACUGUACCUCCUGAAACAGGAGAACACUUAACUGGUGAGGUGACUGUACCUCCUGAAACAGGAGAACACUUAACUGGUGAGGUGCAGUUUCUCUCUCAACGGGAGUACACUCAAGAUAGUCAAAACAGUUUCCACUCAGAUAGUCCUAGCUCUUCAGAGAAACAUUCUGUCGAAGCUAAUAUGGGCGAGACAAUAGGAAAAACUGAUGAAGCACUCAAGGAGUUCGAAGGACUUAAGAUAAGCAACUCAGAAAUGAAAACGAAUGAUUCAUCUGACGACCUAGUUGAGCAUGAAGAAAUUAAACAUAAUGACGGAGAAAUACAAACACAUGCACCCGAGUAUUCUAUACCUCAGGAAGAUGAAAAUCACCACGAAACGAACGAUUUUACUCUUAAUAACGAUAACAGUGACUUCUUGCCUCGUACAAGUUCCCAAGAUGUCGAACAAUUUGUUAGCCAGCAUGACUAUUUAGUGGACAGUAGUAAUGAUAUAAGAUUAGACAGUACAUCAUCUGAAAAAGUUACCGAAGUGGAAGGAACAAAUGUUGAGGAUCCAUUUAUUCCCACAGAUACAUCAUAUACAGCUGAAGCUGAAAAUACGGUGGAGUAUGAAGAAGCACAGUAUGAAGAUCAACAUGAGGAAUCACAUGCACUGAAUGAGUCAGAACCCAUAUCUAUUGAAGAAUCAGUAAUCUGCAUGGAAGGGAAUGAAUCUCCUUCAGUUGAGACACAUCUCACUGAAAUCCAGGAAACACCUAACCGCAGUCAAGACAUAGAAGAAGAACUUACGAAUGCCACCUCUUCAGAAGUAUGUCAUGAGAAGAUAAGAGAAAACGAACAGAGUUCUAACGUAGUUGAAGAUGAAAAUAUUAUUUCGUCAGGGGAGAGUAUUCACCAUAUAAAUGAGAACAGUGCAGACGACGUCUGUUUACCUACAUUUGCCAAUGAAAAUAAUGCUCCAGAGAUGAUGAUACAAAAUUCAGAAGAACAAUUAAGCCAUUCUAGAGAUGAUUUUGCGUGUAUAAAAGAGGCAGUGAUACCAACAACAACUGACACUGAUUUCAUUUAUAACAAAGACUCCGAAGAACAAAUCAUUCCAACUGGCAUACAACAGCAGUCGACGCAGGAAGUAUUCGAGGAAAAUAUUCACGACAACAGUGCAGUAUUACUUGCAUCUGAUCAUUACGUGAAUGAUCAGUUACUAACAACUGAGCUUCUCGAAGACAGUCCGGAAUCCUUUAAACUAACUGCACAUAUUCAGAAUAAGGAAGAAUAUUAUAAUCAGUUACCUGAAGAAUUUUUAACAGAUGAAAAUAAUGAACAGCAAUAUGAAUCUAUCAAUGAAAGUGUCCAAGAAAAAGUUUUAUUGAAUACAACUGUCGAACCAAAUUAUGCAGUGGUAAAUGGUGACUAUGACAGCAAAACUCCUAUUAGUACUGAGGGGUCUUUUAAUAAAUUGGAGGCAACUACACCAGUGAAUGGAUCAGAAGUAAAAGCGAAAAUUUCAAAACAAACUACUGAUGUUGAUGAAAUCAGUUUAAAUUCAGAAGGGGAUCAGAGAACAGAAUUUGAACAGCGUUAUGCUGAACUUAUUGCUAAAUAUUUACCAUUUGACAGACAAAUGAAAUUAGAUAGUCGAUCGAGACGAACUAAAACGCUAGACAGGUUCAAUAAAUCUAAAAUCAAUGUGAACAGAUACUCGUAUAUAGAUACAACGAGAGAUGAUAAGAAAAGAGCUGUUACCCUGGAGCGAAAUGAAUUUAAGCGUAAACGGCGUCCACAACCAAAACCGUCAGUGAAUGAUGAUUAUUUGUAUCCUGACUCUGUAACACCAUCUAAGGUGGAUCAGAGUAUAAGUGUUCGAAGUUUAGAAGAAGGCAUGCCUGAAGGCACUUAUGACGUCCCAUAUAUUGAUGACGAUGCUUUCUUACCUAGAAAACUACGUGAAAAUAAAGAUGAAGUGGAUGGAUCAGAUGAUGGUAGUAGUCUAAGCCUAGAAGAUGAUUAUUGGUCAUGGAAUCCAAAUAGACUUAGUACACUGGAAGCUAAUCAUAUUGCAGACACAAACGAAUGUGCACCUACACCUGAUAUCCAACCGAAGUCCAAAACAAUCACAUCAAUAUUGAGUAAAAAGAAGAAAUCCCAUCAAAAACAAGAUUUGAUCACUAAACCAAUGACAAAUGGUGAUAAACAAAAGAAUAAAGGCAGAUUGCUCCUCUGUGGUUGUGUAAGUAGAAAAUCGAAGAAACGAUAAUACAAGACAAAAAGAAACAAAUCAGUCAGUGAAUACGAUACAACACACUAUACCUUAAAGUGCACAAAUGUAUACUUCUCUGGUUAAUUUCGCUUUUUAGUCUAUUCACUUUUAAAGUAAUUUUAUCAGUUGGAUAAAAAUUGAUGGAUGUAUCAAGUUUCCAGUUUAAUUUUAUUUUAAUGUUUUAAACUUCGCGGGAAUUUUCUUUCUGUUCAAUUUAAACGCAUUCAAAAAGUUCAGAAUUAAGAAAGAAAAAAUAAGCGGGAGAUUGAGACUUAUUUUCUAGUGAAAAGUAUUUCAGACUGGCUUCAUUUUAGAAACCAAUUUGUUUUACCAUUUUGUUUUUCUUUGUUUUUUCAGAAGUGAAUGGUACUUUUCUUCCAUCAAUUGCCAGUGUCCUUUACAUUUUGUUUAUUUAAACAUAAAUAUGUGUAGACAUGUAAAUGAUUAAUUUUCAAAUAUUCUAAAUGACUUAUUCACCUGUAAGUCAUUUAUAGACUAUUAUCAAUGUCUUUUUUUUAAUUUCACGAAUUAAAUGUGCUUCCUAGACAUUCAAGCAUACACAGACAACUGCAUUCUUUACAUUUCAUCUAAAAUGUAACUUAAACUAAUAAGAAUAAGGAUAAAAUUCGUCACAGAAAUAAAUGAAUCUCCAUCGAAUCAACUUUCAUUACAGUAUAUAGUCUCGUUAAAUACACAUAUGUUCAACAAUCAACCCUUUAUCUUUAAAUGAAUCAUUUGUGGUACAUAUGAAAAUAUAUCAUCAAACAUGGUAUCAUUUGUUUCUAAUAAACUGUUCAAUAUUCAACUUUUUAAUUUCAUUUCUUUUUUGUUUUGUUUUGUUGAACUAAAGCUACUUACUAUUGUGUUUAGAAAACAAAAUUGUUUACCUCAAAAAGAGUAAAACAAAAAAUUUUUUAUUUUCGUGAUUAAUAAGUACUUGUGAAAUUUAAAAUAUAUAUAUACACAAAUUUGUAAAUCACUCAUUUCAAUGAAUAAUGAUAAUGAUGAUAAUGAUAAAUAAUUUAGGUUUAUUGAUUUAUCAGUUGGAUUGUUUAUCUAUUGUCUAUCCACGAAUACCUCCUAAUCAUAUGAUCACUUGAUUUAUUAUUUUGCAAGUGACACUGACACUGAUGAUGAUAGUAGCAGUGAUAACAGUGAUCAAAAACAAUCAAUCAACUGAUCAGCUGAUCGUUUAAUCAGUUUUCGAUUAGUUUCAUAUCUGUCUGUGUGAAACAAUGUUUCAUCAUUUUAUGAUUUAUGCAUUGAUUUAAAUGAUGAAAACUGGUAGAAAUAAGAAAAGUAUUGAAAUUAAAACUUUAUCUUGGUUAUUCAUAAGCGUGUUUGUAUGAGCUGUUUGUCUGGGUGUG